UGUGUGUGUGUGUGUGUGUGUGUGUGCGUGAGUGCGUGCGUGCGUGCGUGCGUGCGUGCGUGCGUGCGUGCGUGCGUGUGUGUGUGUGUGUGUGUGUGUGUGUGUGUGACAUUAAUCAUUUAACAGCAGUUCUCCCAGGCUAUGGUCUGCACAAAUACUAAUAAUACAUACAGUACCAGUCAAAAGUGUUGUAUGUAUCCAACAAUAUUGAUUGCGUGGGGUAAGUGGUUUAGAAUUGUGUAAUUCAGAGCAUCAUGCCAAAACUUGGAAAUGCUAAAAAGUGUGAUAUUGUAGGUUAGUAAUUCAUUUUCAACCACAUUUGUUCCAAGUUUUGUACCUUUUUAAUUUCAUGCGUUUGUAGGCAGUAUAAAGCCAUGCCUACUAAAGUUAAUGAUUACCUACUCACUUUAAUCUGAGUUGAGUGUGUGUGUAUUUCAUUAUUUUACAGAAGUGCUCCCAGACUAUGGUCUGCACAAAUACUAAUAAUACAUUCUUUAGAUAAAUCAUUUUGUUAUGGGUCCUCUUAGACCAUCAUUAUCACAAAAAUGCUUCUUCAGAAACCUCUUUCUCAUCCUAAUGUCUGCUUUAAUCUCACUUCUCCUCUGGAACACUCUGAGACGCCCAACCUGUUCUGAGAGAAGCCCGCUCCCAGCACCUGACCUCCUGCCACAAGACUACGCAGACGACCUGCCUGCCUGCUCAGCCAUCAUCAGAGGAGACCUGAAGGGCAUCGACAAGGAGCAGCUCAGAAGACUUCUGAAAACAAAGAAUAAGCCCAAGCGUCUGUCUGAGGCGUUCUACCACGACGUGACCCGAAACUGUAAAACGUACGUUACAGGCAGAGGGUUCGUCAUGAUGCCCCUGAGUGUGGAGGAGAGAGACUUCCCCAUCGCCUACUCCAUGGUGGUCCAUGAGAAGAUUGAGAUGUUUGAGCGACUCCUGCGUGCCGUGUACACACCUCAGAAUGUAUAUUGCGUGCAUGUGGACCAGAAAUCCUCAGAAGAAUUCAGGACUGCAGUAAAGGCUAUUGUGACUUGUUUUACCAAUGUGUUUGUGGCAAGUAAGACAGAGAGUGUGGUUUACGCAUCGUGGUCUCGAGUGCAGGCAGAUCUAAACUGUAUGAAGGACCUGUUGAAGUCACCUGUCCAGUGGAGGUACCUGCUCAAUACCUGUGGAACAGAUUUCCCCAUUAAAACCAACGCAGAGAUGGUUCAGUCACUCAAACUGCUCAACGGGAGGAACAGCAUGGAGUCUGAGACCACCGUCGACUAUAAGAAACACCGGUGGCAGUAUCAGCACAAUAUAACCAAUAACAUAGUAGUCAGAACAGACGUUACGAAGAGCCCUCCUCCAAUCAGCACCCCCAUGUUUUCCGGAAAUGCCUAUUUCGUGGUCUCCAGGGACUUUGUCCAUCACGUGUUUGACAGCCAGGAGGUUCGGGCCCUGCUGGAGUGGGAGAGGGACACCUACAGUCCUGAUGAGCACCUGUGGGCCACUCUGCAGCGCAUGCCCUCGGUGCCAGGGUCUAACCCUCCUCACGUCAAGUACCAUGAAUCAGACAUGAACGCCAUCGCUCGCAUGGUAAAGUGGAGUUACCUGGAAGGAGAUGUGAGGAAAGGAGCCCCAUAUCCACCCUGCUCCGGUGCCUCCAGGAGAGCUGUGUGUGUCUACGGGGCUGGAGAUCUACGGUGGCUCCUACAACACCACCACCUCAUCGCUAACAAGUUUGACCCAGAGGUGGAUGAUGUAGCCGUUAGAUGUCUGGAGUCCUACCUUCGUUUUAAAGCAACAUAUGGUUCAUCUGGAAGUAUCUGGAAAAAGCUAUGAAAUGAGAAAGGUUUUCACAUACCGUAAUGUACAUUUUUUUUUAAUUUGUGUUUUGGUAUAAUUUUUAUGUGGUUGUUUUACCUAUUGAAUUGAACGCACUGAUUGGAAGAGGCUAUGGAUAAGAGCAUCUGCUAAGUUAUACCAAAAAUGUGCAUUUUCAUGUUGCAUUUAGAAUACACUCUCUAAACAACAGUUAUAUAUUUACACAGUCUAUAUAAUGUCAAUAUAGGUUGUACAAAAAAAAUCAUAAUUGGGGUGUUCAAAUAUGUUGGGAAUUGUGGCACAGGAGAGUCUGAAAAGAAUGAAAUACCCUAACCCUGUUCAAUGUCAGCAGAAAUUUCCUGUGUGAAAUUAGACAGUCAGAGGAUUUUCUUCUGAAUAACUGGUCAGGGUAUACCACGUUCCAUUCAACUUCAGCCAACUUUGAUGUAAAGGCUUGAUAACACCUGUACUGACUACUUCUAUACGUCAUGCCCAUUGUUGCUUGUCGAUUGUUCACUAGAAAAGGCAAUCACUUGGUUGCGGUGACUGAAAGGCUUGGAUAGCUGUGGAUUAGUGAGGAAUGUGGGCAGAGGUCAGGUCAGAUGAAGGGAGAAGGAACCGUUUUAUUACACACUUCAUCUGCCGAGCAGCAAAGAUGUAGUGUUUAGAGGUGCAACGAGGAGACUCUGCCUAAAGGAGGGUAUAAAUAAUGGUGCUGGUGGGAACAUGAUUUUGUCUUUUCAGCUGUUUGACCCAGUGGGUGAAUAAAAUUUGUUUGAGCUUUGA